GUGUCGUAAUCUUCAGCGGACACUGCUUGGCAUGAAUUACUGCUUAUUACGGUUUUCAAGCUGUAAUACUGGACUUGGUCACAGAAUAAUGCCGAAUACCGGUCAACCUAGUUUUGGCUGUUACAACUGCCGCCAACGGCGGAUAAGGUGCGACCUCGAACGACCUCAGUGCCGUCGGUGUCUGAUAAAUGGACAAACAUGUCGGGGAUAUCGGGAUGAGCUGGCGAUGCGCUUUCGCGUAGACACAGUCUCGUCUUUCCACCACAAAAUAGGCCAUGACCGUCGCAAAAGGGCCACAAAGGCGGGAGGUCAGGCAGUUCAGAACACAGAAGAUUCCGAAUUACAACAAGAAACCCAUAAAGUCCACACCAUUGAGCAUGACACAAGGAAAAUUCACUCCAAUAAAACUCUUAGUCAUCGCAUUUCAUUUGGUCGGAAAGUUCAACAGAGAAAGUGUUUCUUAGACCAGCAUGAUGCGGGCUCGCAAUCCUUUUCAAGACAGAGAUACUGUCUAUCGCAAAACCUGUUGCAAGAGUCGUGGAAGGACCAGGCGAUGCCUAUGGCGAUACACUUAUUUUCCUCUGACAUGGUGAAUGGUGACAAUGCGAGCUCGUUCAACUUCAUUCCACGCCUUUUGUCUGGAGUUAAUGAAGGGUCUUCCAUUUAUUAUGUCGGCAAAACUAUCGGAUGUUCAUAUCUUUUCCAUUUAGCUCGGUCAUCUAGUACUGUAACCCAGAUACUAGAAUACGGAAAUGCGCUUUCUGCUAUUAAUUCGGCCCUGCGUGAUGAAGAGAAAUCCAAGAGAGAUGACACAUUAUUAAGUGUUUGGCUUUUGAGCGUUUAUGAGAUAAGUUGGGGAACGCGACAUGAGUUGCUUCGCAUUCGAGACCUUGCGCAAUUCUCCACAACACAGGGAGAAAAGUUAUUUUUUAUGGUUUUCAACACUAUACAAUGUCAAGCAAUUAUGACCGGACAAGACUUUCCUGAAGAACGUUUUACAUGGAUUGAAGAAGCUUAUCGACGUUGCGAGUUCUCGUCAUAUAGACAUGCGACUACGACCGUGCAGAAUACAAUUUUUGCUACUCACUGCGCUCGGAUAUGCAGUUUAAUUCGACAACUGAUAAGCACAAAAGAUCCGAAUAUCCUUUUACGCAAUUUAUCAUUCAUCUUACAGAAUGUUGAUGAGGUCGAAAAAUUAGCAAACGCAUUCUUCUCUUCUGAUGAGACUUAUACAGAGGAUUUAAUGGAACCGUCACUAGCACCGUGUAACCUUUCCGAUCACAUUGACUUCGACUAUAUAUCCCAUUACCUUUUUCGUUCGAUAUUUCGGAUGUAUCUUUCAUAUUACACUCUUGAGUUUCUAAACAACGCACUUGAAGCCCCUGCCUGCACAUCAGACCAACUCACUUUCAUGGAGCAAUGUCGAAGCCGUUACAUUGAGGAAUUCCAAAUGACCACGAGUAAGGCCUUAUACAUCGUGGUAACAACAUCCGGAAUUGGCUCUGUUCCAUCGUUGAAUCCAUUCAAAGGAAACGCAGAGGAAGAUGAUCAGAGAAGACCAUCUCAUAUUGUUGGGUUAACAGACGUGAUACGAGUUAUGGGGAUACUCGUUGUGAUUGUUCGAAGCAGUAUUUCAUUAGAUUGGCAAAGGGAAACAGCACAAAGAGCACUCAUUUCACUGAACAAUAUGAUAUAAUGGGCAGGCUGUCAAGCAUCAAUGUCAACAAUAGAAAAUAUAUCAGAUAUAUAUAUUUAUCUACCAAGCUUGGACCACAUUGCAUUGGUCACUUUCUAUACGC